ACCUUUUUCUCUUUCAACACUGGAGGGAGGGGCAGGGUCUCGGCCCCGGGGGUCUCCUGAAACCCUGUCUCCCUGCCCUCCAUUUAGAAGCAAUCAGCGAACAGUUUCUGUCUUCUCCACUCCAAGUCCUUGUCUUGGUUCUUUUCCAUGCAGCGCUAGCGGGGACGGCAGCCGGUUCUCGGGGCUGGGCGGGCGUCUCUCCAGCCCCUGGCUUCAACACCCCUCGCCACGUUCUUCUCCCCUGUUCUGCCCUUCAGCACCAUCAGGGAAUCGACAGCUCCUCGGUGUCGGCCCCACCUUGAGCCCCGGGUUCCACCUUCCCUGCUUCAGCACCUCCAGCGCGGACAGCUCCUCGCUGUCGCCUGCACUCCCGGCCCUGGGCCGGACCCGGGCGCAGACGCUCCUCGGCGCCCGCUCAAGGGGACGACUCCUGCUCCCGGCUAUCCCAGACCCCUUUCUCUGGCGCAUGGAGACCCUGGGGGUCGGCGAAGGGGCAGAGGCGUGCAGCAGGUUGAGUCGCCCUCGCGGCCGCCAAGGCACGGCCAGGGCCCCGAAGCACCUGUGGCGGCAACCCCGGCGCCCCAUCCGCAUCCAACAGCGCUUCCAUUCGGACCCAGAGAAGUCCGCGGGCUGCCGCGAGCAGGACCUGAGCCCGCGGCCCGGGCUCAGGAAGUCGCGGCUGUCCUGGCCCAUUUCCUCCUGCAGGCGCUUUGACCUGGAAAAUGGGCUGUCGAGUGGGAGGAGCGCCCUGGACCCUCAGUCCAGCCCUGGCCUGGGCCGGGUCAUGCAGGCUCCUGUCCACCACAGCCAGAGGCGCGAGUCCUUCCUGUACCGCUCAGAUAGCGACUAUGAUCUCUCACCCAAGGCCAUGUCGCGGAACUCCUCUGUGGCCAGCGACCUACAUGGAGAAGACAUGAUUGUGACGCCCUUUGCCCAGGUCCUGGCCAGUCUGCGGACGGUUCGGAGCAACGUGGCUGUCCUUGCCCACCAGCAAUGCCAAGGAGCAGCCAAGCCGGGACCCGUCGGAAACCUUUCAUCCAGCCAUCAGCCCCCUCCGCCUGCAGAGGACACGGGGCAGAAGCUGGCAUUGGAGACGCUAGACGAGCUGGACUGGUGCUUGGAUCAGCUGGAGACUCUGCAGACCCGGCACUCGGUGGGGGAGAUGGCUUCCAACAAGUUCAAGCGGAUCCUGAAUCGGGAGUUGACCCACCUGUCCGAAACCAGCCGCUCCGGGAACCAGGUGUCCGAGUACAUCUCCCAGACCUUCCUGGACCAGCAGACUGAGGUGGAGCUGCCCACGGUGACCGCCGAGGAGCCUCCGAAGCCUGUGUCCCAAAUCAGUGGCCUACAUGGGCUCUGCCGCAGUGCCAGCCUCUCCUCAGCCACCGUCCCACGCUUUGGGGUCCAGACUGAGCAGGAGGAGCAGCUGGCCAAGGAGCUAGAAGACACCAACAAGUGGGGACUUGACGUAUUCAAGGUGGCAGAGCUAAGUGGGAACCGGCCUCUCACAGCUAUCCUAUUCAGCGUUUUUCAGGAGCGGGACCUGCUGAAGACAUUCCAGAUUCCAGCAGACACACUGGCCACCUACCUGCUGUUGCUGGAGGGUCACUACCAUGCUGACGUGGCCUACCACAACAGCCUCCACGCCGCUGACGUGGCCCAGUCCACACAUGUGCUGCUGGCUACACCCGCCCUGGAGGCUGUGUUCACAGACCUGGAAAUCAUGGCUGCCCUGUUUGCAAGCGCCAUCCACGAUGUGGAUCACCCCGGGGUCUCUAACCAGUUUCUGAUUAAUACCAACUCAGAGCUGGCGCUGAUGUACAACGACGCCUCGGUGCUGGAGAACCACCACCUGGCUGUGGGCUUCAAGCUCCUGCAGACAGAAAACUGCGACAUCUUUCGGAACCUCAGCACCAAGCAGCGACUGAGUCUGCGCAGGAUGGUCAUUGACAUGGUGCUGGCCACGGACAUGUCCAAACACAUGAACCUCCUGGCCGACCUCAAGACCAUGGUAGAGACCAAGAAGGUGACAAGCCUUGGUGUCCUCCUCCUGGACAACUAUCCCGAUCGCAUCCAGGUCUUGCAGAGUCUGGUGCACUGUGCCGACUUGAGCAACCCCACCAAGCCGCUGCCCCUGUACCGCCAGUGGACGGACCGCAUCAUGGCCGAGUUCUUCCAGCAGGGAGACCGCGAGCGUGAGUCGGGCCUGGACAUCAGCCCCAUGUGUGACAAGCACACGGCCUCAGUGGAGAAGUCCCAGGUGGGUUUCAUUGACUACAUUGCCCACCCACUGUGGGAGACUUGGGCUGACCUGGUCCACCCAGACGCACAGGACCUGCUGGACACACUAGAGGACAAUCGAGAAUGGUACCAGAGCAAGAUCCCCCGAAGCCCCUCCGGCCUCACCAACCCCGAGUGGGGUGGGCCUGACAGAUUCCAGUUUGGGAUGCCUCUGGAGGAGGCAGAGGAAGAGGAGGAGGAGGAGGAAGAGGAGGGGGAAGAGACAGCUUUAGACAAAGAGGCCUUGGAGUUGUCUGACACUGAACUGCCCCCUGAAGCCAGCCCAGACCCUGGGGACCUACCCCUUGACAGCCAGAGGACUUAGGGCCAGCCCUGCGUGAACCGCGAGGGCCGUGGGAUGGCGAAACUCUCUGACUUGCAAGCAAACUUUCCAGGAAGAUGCCCCAUGUGGUCCCUACUUCACUUUCCCACCCACUGAGGGAGACAGUCAAGCUCUUAGUUUUAGGCAGCGCUCAGGAUCUAAUUGGAGGCAACUGGCUGGGGUCCACUCUGACCCCAGGCUUGCCUAAAAGAGCUCUCUAAGGGGCAGCCUCUUACAGUGCCCUUGGGGUCUUUCCCCCGGGUUUCUCUCCCUGGCGUGGAGAGGUGGUGUCUGCUAGAGCCUCUUGUCCACCCUCUCCAGUGGUCACUCUUGAGCCACAUCUGUCAUUUAAUUCUUUCCUUCUUUAUCAAAUAUUUAUUGCCCAUUUACUUUGUGCCAGCUUUAUGCCUCUGUAGCAGCCCUGCACGAGGGGUGGGGAGUCAGCAGACCAUUCCAAAGGCAUCUCCCCAUCUGCUUCUACCAAGCAGCUCUCUGCAAGAGUGUAAGACUGCAAAUGGGGGCAUUUUUGGCAUCAAAGCUUCAUUCAUACCCGAGGUUGUUUCCGAAGCUGUGGUAGGAAAUCGGGGGCAGAAAAGAGAGGCUGGGCAAGGUGUGGAGGCUCAUGCCUGUAAUCCAGCACUUUGGGAGGCUGAGGUGUGAGUACUGCUUGAGCUCAGGAGUUUGAGACCAGCCUGGGCAGCACAGCAAGACCCCUGUAUCUGCAAAACAUAAAAAAUUAGCCAGGCAUGGUGGUGUACACCUGUAGUCCCAGCCACUCAGAAGGCUGAGACAAAGCGGAUCGCUUGAGCCCAGGAGUUGGAGGCUGAAGAGAGUUAUGACCGCACCACUGCACUCCAGCCUGGGCAACACAGCAAGACCCUGCCUCAAAAAAAAAAAAAAAAGAAAGAAAGAAAGAAAGAGAGGGGGCUCUGAGGCUGUGCUUGGUGGCUCACAUCUAUAAUCCCAGCACUUUGGGAGGCCGAGGCGGGCGAAUCACCUGAGGUUAGGAGUUUGAGACCAGCCUGGCCGACGUGGUGAAACCCCGUCUCUACUCAAAAUACAAAAAUUCGUCAGGCAUGAUGGCGGGUGCCUGUAAUCCCAGCUACUCGGGAGGCUGAGGCAGGAGAACCGCUUGAGCUCAAGAGCCUUGCGGUGAGCUGAGAUAGCACCAUUGCACAACCUGGGCGACAGAGCGAGACUCCAUCUCAAAAAA